UGAAAAGCUAGUUGGCGUCUGGGUUUACCGAUGCUGUCUUCGGCCUUCGGGGGCGCUGUAUCAUAAAAAUUUAAAUCGACGAUGAAGAAAAAGCAGCGGAACCGGAAAUUAGCUUCUUUGUUUUGAAGAGGGAAAUUUAAAAGUCGACGGCGUUAGAUUGAAGUGAAGCUAAACAAUUGGAGUGAAAGGAGCAAAAACACACAGGAUGAAAGAAAAGUGAUCUUUCCGCAUGCUGAACGCAGAGGUCUCUUCACACCAGCAUGGAGAAGAAGAAGGUGAGGUUACAGGAUACAAGCAGCAGCAGCUUCCAGGAGGACUGCUGUGCUUUGUGUAGGCUCAGUGAAGAUGAUCCAGCCAUGUUUGGGGAAAAGAUCACAGUCAAAGAGCACAAACUGUCUGUCCACUAUCUGUGUUUGCUGACAUCAUGUGGAGUUUAUCAGCGAGGGAAAGAGGACGAGGGGGUUUUUGGUUUCUUAGUGGACGACAUCAAACAAGAGAUCCGCCGCUCAGCUCGACUGACAUGUCACAGCUGUAAGAAGAAGGGAGCCUGUGUUGGCUGUAAUGUCAGGAGCUGCAGGAAGAUGGUUCAUUUCCCCUGUGGGAAGAAAGAAAAAUUUAUUUCCCAAUUCACUGAACUCUACGCGUCUUACUGUCCAGAUCACAGUCCAACUCAGUCUCUGUGUGUGAGUCCAGAUGUCAGUCUCCCUCAGUCCUGCUCUAUCUGUUUGGACUCCAUUGAGCCUGUCCUGUCCUACUCUGUCCUCAAAUGUCCAUCCUGCCAUGGCAGCUGGUUCCACAGGGACUGUGUGCAGCGUCAGGCCCACAGUGCAGGACUCUUCUUCUUCAAAUGUACUCUGUGCAACAACAAGGAAAACUUCCAGGAAGAGAUGCUGAGAAUGGGAAUAUACAUCCCAGAGAGAGAUGCUUCAUGGGAGCUGGAGGCAAAUGCAUAUUCAGAGCUGCUUGAGGUUUACAAGCGCUGUGACGCUCCCACCUGCCUCUGUCACAGCGGACGCACACACACCGCGAAGACUGGGUGGUUUGAGUUGAUUCGCUGCAGUCUGUGUGGAUCUAGAGGGACUCACAGGAAAUGUUCCAGGCUGAAGCUAGACACGAAAAACUGGGCCUGCACCGACUGCAAACAGGCGACGGAUGGGAAAGCUUCUCUGGUUGCGUCUCCUCAAGGAGGUCACAGGAGGUCCCUGCUGUCCAAACGCCUCCAGUCCUCCGUGGGGUCUAAGAGACAUUCAUUACCUGUGAGAGCUGGGUUUCCUGAAGAGCUGCUGCAGGCUUUGGCUCCUCAGCUCAGUGGCCACACCGUUGUGGUGGAGGUGUGUGGGGAUCAGGUUCUGUCAGCCUGCCUGGAUCUGGUCCGGAGGACAGACUUCGACCCCACACACACUCUGUCUGUCAGGUUCAUGGACCAGCUGCAGACCAUGUUUCCUGGCAGACCCCAGGCUGGCGACACAAAGCAACACUUCUUAAAGCUGCUGAUGCAGCAGAUCCAGGACUCUGUGGUUUUCGAGGGUCCAGAAGGAUCCAAAAACCUGGCGCUGGACUCACAGGCUCUACGUGAUGACAUGUACUUCGACGUGGGCUGUCUGCUGGCGCUGUCCCUGGUCCACGGUGGUCCCCCUGUGGGCUUCUUCUCCCCCGCUCUCUACCAGUGCCUCUUUAACUUCCCGCCCAACCGCCCCCUCACAUUCACACACAUGACCCCCAGCACACACUUCACUCAGCAGGUCAGCAGGAUUGCAGAGGCACGUUCGUUAGCCGAGCUCAAACAAGCGAUGGAGGCGAGCCGAGAGUACCUGGAGCUGGCCGGCUGCACCCGACCAAUCAGCAGCCUGACUGACAGGGACAGUCUGGUGGAGGACCUUGUCAGUUUCAUGAUGAUCACCAGGAUGCAGCUGCCACUGCAGAGGUUUCGUGAGGGUCUGGGGACUCUGGGUGUCUUUAAUCAGGUGCAGCUCUUCCCAUCAGUCUUCUGCAGAGUGUUCUGUGAGUCAGCAGUUCGUCUAACAGCUCAGUCGGUUGGACAGCUCUUCACCAUCAGCUUCUCUCAUCAGGAAGAGAGGCUGAGCAGAGAGACUCCAGUUGUCACCUUCUGGAGACACUUCCUGCUGGAAAGUGAAGUUGGUAGGAGCUCCAUCUCCCUCCAAGACCUACUUCACUUUGCCACAGGAGCUGAGGAGCUCCCAUCAAUUGGCCUCCACCCACCUCCCUACAUCUCUUUCCUCCAUCCUGCGGUCGAGGAGAAGAGGCGACCCAUUAGGCAGGAGCAGACAGACAAGGGGCUCUUCCCCCAGAGUGAGCCUGGCUCUAACCACCUCCUUCUGCCUGUCACCUCCUCCUACCAGGCAUUUAAAGGCUCCAUGGAGCAGGCCAUCAGCCACCACGUGCACCUCCUCCCCACAGGGAAUUAAUGGAGCAUCACAACGUUGUCUCGAGCGGCAGAUUAUUUUUAUUUCUUAUGUCUGAGGCCUGUGUGAAAUCAGAAACCCAUUCGACUUUCUGUGUCUUCUUUAGUAUGAAAAUAAAUCAGUAUCUGCAUCCAUCAUUACGACGCAAACAGGACAUAAUGGAGUUAGUGGAGGUUUAGCCACUAAAAUGUAAAAGGUGGUUGUGUCCUUGUGUCAUCCCCCGGAGGAUGACCUCGUUGAUCUGUAAAAAAAACAGAUCACUGACAUAUUUUCCUUUUUGAUAAAGUAAUAUGUAAUUUCAGUGAUAAAUAAUUAACUGUGACUUUUUAUCCCGAUCGGCCAUUUGUACCUUUUGGCCGUGAUUCAAAGCUGUGGCUCAGCUCUUAGUUCUCAAUAACAAAAUUUCCGAAGCAUUAAAUGCUCUUACGUUUUCCCCUUUUAACCCCUUUUUUUCUGGUCUUUGCUUGACAUCCAGCUCAUAGGUUGGAUGAUCAUAUUUUCUAAAUGACUACACAUCUUGUUUUUUAUCUAAGGUGCUAGUUUUAUUACUCUGCUUUUAGCUCAGACUUUGUCUUUUAUUGUAUAUUAUUUAAGAGUAUUUUUUACUGUUGCAGUGGUUUUUUAUUGGUUGCUUUUACGUUAUGUUUGAUUCUAUUAGAUUAGUAAAGCAACAUAUAAGCACCAUUUAUGUGUUGCACCACUGAACGUUGUGGAUCAGUAGGUUGAGGAGGUUGUGCGCUGACAUGACCUGGGUAAUAUUCCUGCAUGGCCCAAAAAAGGUUCAUAAAUGUAAAAAAUGCACAUUUAAUUACUCAGUUGUAAUGUUUGUUGGUUUUCUACUCUUAUCGGGUGGUUCAUUCUGAUCCCUUUGUUUUCUUUUUUCCUAUUGAUGUCUUGUUUGUUCCUACAUGUACGACUGUUUUGUUAUAAAUUCAAAAACAACCCGA